AUGUCAAACCGUAUGCUUAUGUCAUCUGAAUCUGGUGGAGUUCCAGCGUCUUUCUUUGGAAGACGGCGUUUACAAAGAUCGUUAUAUGACAGUCGGCCAACCGAGGAAUCACCGAUUCUAAGAAGCGACAAUCCUCCUUCUGGAGAAAUUUCAAUGAGUUUUUUUGGAAGACUGAAUUUUCAAAGAUCAGUAUAUGAAAAUCAACCAACCGAAGAAUCACCGAUUUUAAGAGGAAGCAAUCUUCACUCUUCUAGAGAUGGAAGCAACCAAUAUAGAACCUACGAUGAAUAUGGUCGUGAUAAUUUGAGAGGUGAAGCUCCAUUUAUUGAUUUUGAAAUGGAAAGAAACCGUGAUGGGCGACAAGAGACUUCGCAACUUCCAGAAGCAUCCAAUGGCUCUCGCGCGGAUUCUUGUCAAUAUCACAAAGGUAACGGUGCAGUGACACGUCGUGAUGGACCUGACAACACCUCUGUCAGAAGCGAUAACAACUACUUUCGUGAGAACAAUCUUCCUGAAGCUGCGAAUGGCAUCAGCGUCCAUCAUCCAUUCCAAGAAUAUUCUCCUGCAUACUAUGGAGAAGCUCUCCAACAAAACCGACCACAAGAAAACGAAGCUUGUCACCAAAACCCAACUGAACCACAAAUCAAUAAAAUUCAAGGUAGAAACCGUAGUACCCAUCACAAUCUUUGUUUUCCUCAAGCUGCUGUAGAUAAUCAACGUCAACCAGCACAGCUCGGAAUAGCACGCCGAGAACACCACUCAAGCCAUUCUGCCGACUUCAAUCUUCCAUAUCGCCAUGAAAACUCUCAUGAAGGCACCUCCAGCACGUUCCAGGAUCCCCAUUUACCCGGCCCGAGCAAUUCAGUUCUUGUUACUGAAUCAGCUCAGACGUCGCAAAACAAAGACACAAUAAUCUCAAAUAUUCCAAAUCUCACCACUCCGAAUAACUCUAGGCCAGUCAUAGUUUACCCAUCAUAUCGAAAUUGGAAAGAUGAGAAACGCUACUCCCUGUAUGAAGUGCAAAACUCAAAUCAUGUGGAAACAAUGGAAAACUGGGAUUCUCUCCACCCUUAA